AUGACGGUGCUAAUAAAUGGCAAUUCGCUUUUCACAGCUAAUACUAUUUUCCGGGUUCAUUCAAACUUUAACAUACUAUCAAAAAGAUUUAGUACCAGAUUUGUCUCAACGCUGCCAACGGAAAAUGAAGUAAAAUCAACAUUGUCAGACCAAUCGCAAAUAAAUUCUGCUGUCACGCCCUCAAAACACAUUUCUCUAGCGCCAGAACCGCCAUUGAAAAGAUAUAAUAGAUUGGUUAAGUUAGGCAAAUUGAAGAAUGAUCCACACCAAAGAGCUAUUAUUGGUUCCCUGGGCCAUUUGUAUGAUGAUUUGUUAAAAUACAAUCCACCAAAAUUAAAAAUGCCCAAUGCAGUAGAUCAACUGCCAAGUUUCUGGACCAAAAUAUUGCACCCCUUUAAAUAUAAAUCCAUUAAUCAGGAUGGUCCGCCACUUGUUUAUGAUGAUUCUAUUCCUAAAGGUAUUUAUCUAUAUGGUGAUGUUGGAUGUGGCAAAACCAUGCUUAUGGAUUUAUUUUACGAAACUAUUCCUGAACGUCUAUCCAAGAAAAGAAUGCAUUUUCAUCAAUUCAUGCAAUAUGUUCAUAGAAGGAGACAUGAAAUUAUUGUAGAACAAAAUUUAAACGAAUUGGGUGAGGCCAAAAGCCAUACUUUUGACCCAAUUCCAUUUUUGUGCUACGAACUAGCUAGUGAAUCAAGAAUUUUAUGUUUUGACGAAUUUCAAGUCACUGAUGUGGCCGAUGCCAUGAUUCUACGUCGUUUGAUAAGUGAGUUGUUGUCCGUCAAGUAUGGUGUCGUUUUGUUUGCUACAAGUAAUAGAGAACCAAAAGACCUAUAUAUUAACGGUAUCCAGCGUGAAUUAUUCAUCCCCUGCAUCAAAUUACUGGAACAAAGAACUGUUGUCACUUUAUUAAAUUCACCAACUGAUUACAGAAAAAUACGGAAACCAAUCUCCUCAGUCUACUAUGUCCCACCACCUGGAAUGAAAUAUGAAAGCAUAGAAUGUAAAGCCAACAGGGAUAGCCAUGUUAAGUUAUGGUACACCUAUUUUUCUCAAUCUGAACAUCCGGUAAUAGCCACCUCAGUAGAUGUCUCUGUGUGGGGUCGCAAGUUGCAUGUUCCCAAGUGCACACCUCCUCAUGUUGCUCAGUUUACAUUUAAAGAACUAUGCGAAGGUAUGCUAGCUGCUGGUGAUUAUUUAAAGCUUGCAUCCCAGUUUAGAGCUUUUAUUAUCACGGAUAUUCCUUUUUUAAGUGUUUAUGUUAGGGAUGAAGUUAGAAGAUUUAUCACAUUUUUAGACGCUUUAUAUGAUAGUAAUGGAAAAUUAGCCACCACUUCUGCUGCUAAAUUUACAGAUUUAUUUGUGGAACCAGAAGCCAUUUUAAAUGAUUUUGAAUUAAAACCAGACUACAAAGCUAAAACUAUUGACGAUACAGAUUUGGAAAAUGAUGUUUUGGUUAAGAAACAUGGCUUUUCUAAAGAAAUUGCCUCAAAAGCUGGUAUUUUUGCUUUAGAUGAAGAAAAAUUUGCAUUUGCAAGAGCAUUAAGUAGAUUGUCGCAAAUGAGCACCACUGAAUGGGUUGAGAAGUAA